AUGCAUAUUUACAUUUUGCCUUCUUUUCGUUUUUUUUCUUUCUUUCUUUCUUUCUUUCUUUCUUUCUUUUCUUUCUUUCUUUCUUCGUUUCUUUUCUUUUCUUUGCUCCACAUUCGUUCGUUUGUUCUUUCUUUCUUUCUUUCUUUUCUUUUUUUUCUCUUUUCUUUCCUUCUUUCCUUCUUUCUUUCUUUCUUUCUUUCUUUCUUUCUUUCUUUCUUUCUUUCUUUAUUUUCAUUCACUCAUUCGUUUUUAAAUAUUCUUCAUUCAUUCAUUUAUUUAAGCCUUCGUUCGUUUGUUCUUUCCUUCUUUCUUUCUUUCUUUCUUUCUUUCUUUCUUUCUUUCUUUCUUCGUAAAGUAUUUUUCUUUCCUUCUUUCCUUCUUUCUUUCUUUCUUUCUUUCUUUCUUUCUUUCUCUCUCUCUUUCUUUCUCUCUUUCUUUCUUUCUUCCUUUCUUUCUUUCUUUCUUCGUUUUUUCUUUCAGUAUUUUCAUUCACUCGUUCAUUUUAAAUAUUCUUCAUUCAUUCAUUUAUUUUCUUUCUUCUUAAAGUGUCAUUUUUCUUCUUUUCUUUCCUUCUUUCUUUCUUUCUUUCUUUCUUUCUUUCUCUCUUUCUUUCUCUCUUUCUUUCUUUCUUUCUUUCUUCGUAAAGUAUUUUUCUUUCCUUCUUUCCUUCUGUCUUUCUUUCUUUCUUUCUUUCUCUCUCUCUUUCUUUCUUUCUUUCUUUCUUUCUUCUUAAAGUAUUUUUCUUUUAUUCUUUCUUUCUUUGCUCCACAUUCUUUCUUUCUUUCUUUCUUUCUUUCUUUCUUUCUUUCUUUCUUUAACUUACGUAUUUCCUCAUUAUCCAUUGCCAAUAUUUCUUUCUUUCUUUCUUUCUUUCUUUCUUUCUUUCUUUCUUUCUUUCUUUCUAUUUUAAUACAUAUUUUCACCCAUCCAUUCAUUCGUUCAUGCAUUCAGUCUUUCUUUACUUCAAUAUUUUCAUUUACUCAUUUAAUCAUUCUUUCUUUUCUUUUCUUUCUUUCUUUCUUUCUUUCUUUCUUUCCCAUUAAUUCUUUUUAUUCGUUUCCCUCUCUGUAUUGCUUUUUCCUUUUCUUUCUUUGA